AUGGAAGUCGAACUCACUGCCCCCAAUGGGAAGAAGUGGUCGCAGCCAUUGGGUCUUCUUAUAAACGGAGAGUUUGUCAAGUCGAGCAAUGAGCAGAAGAUUGCCACCAUAAAUCCUUCCACUGAGGAAGAGAUCUGCUCGGUCUUCGCCGCCACUGCUGACGAUGUUGACCUCGCUGUGGACGCUGCCCGCAAGGCCUUCAAGCACCCCUCAUGGAAGGGCCUCAGCGGCACGGAGCGCGGGCAGCUCAUGCUCAAGCUGGCCGACCUGGUCGAGAAGAACGCGGAGAUCUUGGCCACUGUCGAGGCUCUUGACAAUGGCAAGCCCUACAUCACUGCGCUCAACGAGGACUUGCCUGAGGUUGUCAAUGUCCUCAAGUACUACGCUGGCUACGCGGAUAAGAACUUUGGCCAGGUCAUCGACGUCGGCCCGUCCAAGUUCGCAUACACCCUGAAGCAGCCCCUCGGUGUCUGUGGCCAGAUCAUCCCGUGGAACUUCCCCCUGGCCAUGGCUGGCUGGAAGCUGGGCCCAGCGCUCUGCUGCGGUAACACGGUGGUGCUCAAGCUGGCUGAGCAGACGCCUUUGUCCAUGUUGGUCAUGGGUAAGCUUAUCAAGGAGGCUGGUUUCCCUCCAGGAGUAAUCAACGUCAUAAACGGUCAUGGCAGAGAAGCUGGAGCCGCACUGGUCAAGCACCUGGGUGUCGACAAGGUCGCGUUUACUGGCAGCACCGCCACUGGUAAGGUCAUCAUGAAGAUGGCGAGUGAGACGCUCAAGAACAUCACACUUGAGACGGGCGGCAAGUCGCCGCUGAUCGUCUUCGAGGAUGCUGACCUGGACCUCGCUGCCACCUGGUCUCACAUCGGGAUUAUGUCCAACCAAGGACAGAUCUGCACCGCGACUUCCCGAGUCCUCGUUCAUGAGAAGAUCUACAACGAGUUUGUCGCGAAGUUCAAGUCCACAGUGCAGAAGGUGUCUGUCGUGGGCGACCCCUUCGAGGAGACCACAUUCCAAGGCCCGCAGGUGACGAAGGCGCAGUAUGACCAGGUCAUGCGUUACAUCCAGGCCGCAAAGGACGAGGGCGCCACUAUUGCUCUCGGUGGCGACCCAGCGCCGCAGAAGGGCAAGGGCUUCUUCAUCAACCCCACCAUGUUCACGGAUGUCAAGCGGGACAUGAGGAUCUUCAAGGAGGAGAUCUUUGGGCCUUGCGUGUCUGUUAUCAGCUUCAAGGACGAGGCGGAAGCUAUCGAGUUGGCGAACGACACGACAUAUGGACUGGGCGCAGCACUGUUCACUCACAACCUAACCAAGGCGCAUCGCGUCGCUGCCGAGAUAGAGGCGGGUAUGGUGUGGAUUAACAGCAGCAACGACUCGGACGUUCGUGUACCGUUUGGCGGUGUAAAGCAGUCAGGUAUUGGGCGGGAACUUGGCGAGGCAGGCUUGUCCAGCUACUACAACAUCAAGAGUGUACAUCUGAACAUGGAAUCAUAG